GGGAUGGAGCCCGGCGGCAGCAGGGCGCGGCUUCCCUUUCCCGGGGCCUGGGGCCGCAAUCAGGUGGAGUCGAGAGGCCGGAGGAGGGGCAGGAGGAAGGGGUGCGGUCGCGAUCCAGGCCCGGAGCCAGCGAGGAGCAUCAGCGCCCGGGGCGAACACCUUCGCUCGCAGUCACCCUCACACCAGUUUCCAGCCGCCGCGCUUCGGGAUUAGUGUGAUCUCAGCUCAAGGCAAAGGUGGGAUAUCAUGGCAUCUAUCUGGGUUGGACACCGAGGAACAAUAAGAGAUUAUCCAGACUUCAGCCCAUCAGUGGAUGCUGAAGCUAUUCGGAAAGCAAUCAGAGGAAUUGGCACCGAUGAGAAAAUGCUCAUCAGCAUUCUGACUGAGAGGUCAAAUGCACAGCGGCAGCUGAUUGUUAAGGAAUAUCAGGCAGCAUAUGGAAAGGAGCUGAAAGAUGACUUGAAGGGUGAUCUCUCUGGCCAUUUUGAACAUCUCAUGGUGGCCCUAGUGACUCCACCAGCAGUCUUUGAUGCAAAGCAGCUAAAGAAAUCCAUGAAGGGUGCUGGAACAAAUGAAGAUGCCUUGACUGAAAUCUUAACUACCAGGACAAGCAGGCAAAUGAAGGAGAUCUCUCAAGCCUAUUAUACAGUAUACAAGAAGAGUCUUGGAGAUGACAUUAGUUCGGAAACAUCUGGUGACUUCCGGAAAGCUCUGUUGACUUUGGCAGAUGGCAGAAGAGAUGAAAGUCUGAAAGUGGAUGAGCAUCUGGCCAAAAAAGAUGCCCAGAUUCUCUAUAAAGCUGGUGAGAACAGAUGGGGCACGGAUGAAGACAAAUUCACUGAGAUCCUGUGUUUAAGGAGCUUUCCUCAACUAAAACUAACAUUUGAUGAAUACAGAAAUAUCAGCCAAAAGGACAUUGUGGACAGCAUAAAAGGAGAAUUAUCUGGGCAUUUUGAAGACUUACUGUUGGCCAUAGUGCAUUGUGUGAGGAACACGCCGGCCUUUUUAGCAGAAAGACUGCAUCGAGCUUUGAAGGGUGCUGGAACUGAUGAGUUUACUCUGAACCGAAUAAUGGUGUCCAGAUCAGAAAUUGACCUUUUGGACAUUCGAAUAGAGUUCAAGAAGCAUUAUGGCUAUUCCCUGUAUUCAGCAAUUAAAACAUUUCUUUGUCCAUUGACACCUUUCUCAGGGGGUGACUGGUGGAAAGGAGAAGACAAGGAAGAACAGAGUCGGAUACUUCUGGAGACUAUGAAAUCACACUCUUAAAAAUCUGUGGUGGAGAUGACUGAACCAAGAAGAUAAUCUCCAAAGGUCCACGAUGGGCUUUCCCAACAGCUCCACCUUACUUCUUUCUCAUACUAUUUAAGAGAACAAGCAAAUGUAAACAGUAACCUGUGUUCCUAACAGGAAUUCUCAUUGUUCUAUAACAACAACAAAAACGAUUAUUAUUUUAGAGCAUCUCAUUUAUAAUGUAGUGGGUCAUAAAUGAAAUUUAAAAUGGCAUUAAGGAUCUGCAAAUACUAUCCAACUUAUAUUUCUGCUUACAAAGUAAGAAUCUUUUUAUAGUUCUAAUCCAUUAAAUAUAAAGCAAGAUAAUAAAAAUUGUUGCUUUUGUUAAAAGUAA